AUAUAUUCCACCCGCCUCUCUAUGUUCACCCAUCACAUACUGACAAUGCAUAAUGCCCAAAUCAUUUCGCUGCUACACCAUCAAUAUAAUUCUGCAUCGAUGCACUGCUUGACAACUAAUCUCCCUUCGGUGUUCGACAUUCCCCUACCCCAACACAUCGCAUUCCUGGAUUGCUGUGCUGGCUUUCUCCAACAUCCUUCAAUACAAUUGUUUUAUCGAUGAUUCCUCUGAUCUCACCAUAACACAUAUUCAAAAUUGUCGGCACCGUUUGUCGUCCGAUACUUCUCUUCGUACUGCUGUAUAACACUGCUAUAUAUUCAACGUCAUGCUGCGAUAUAAAAUCGACCGGCCCUUCUACACAGGAUCCUUCUCUUUACUGCUUGACCACCAGAAAGGCUCGCGUUGGAAGAUAAAACCAAAU